AUGCUCUACAAUGCUUUAUUCUCAAUAACGGUGAUCAUGUUUUGUCUUAGCCUUUUCCUCGUGCACAGGGUCAGUGUUUUAGAAAGGGAUCUUCACAAACUCCGAGGGGACAUAAGUCGGCAAUUAAAUCAACAACGUUCUGAGGGAGUCCAUGGGAAAUUGGCCAACAUGUCUAAAACAAGGGAGGACCUGAAGCAAAGUGUUUUUCAACGAGCUCAGGGUUCUCUUAAGAGCUUUUCCAGGAGAGUAAAAAGGGAACAGAGCAGCUGCAGAGCUCCGACAUCAUUCCUGCAGUUAAGAGCUGACCCUAACAAACAGCCAGACAGAAGAGGAAAUAUAACUGUGAUCCCCUGGACUGUUUCUGCACAGCGAGGAAAUACAAUUUCACAGAGGGAAAAUAGGAUCGUUGUCCAAGAAGAUGGUUAUUACUUGGUGUUUGGACAAGUUUUGUUUCAAAGUCAAAGCGCAGUUAUGGGUCAUGUCAUUCAGAGCUGGAGCUCCACUGAGGCAGAGAUGAAACCUACAGAGCUCUUGCGCUGCCUGCAGGAUAAAAAAGAGGGAGCUCAUGGCAAUACAUGCUACACAUCAGGCCCUGUGCACUUGCACGAGAAGCUGGAAAUGGGGAUCCCUUGUUGGCCGUCGGCUCAGAUCUCUCUGGAGGCUGACUCGACCAUUUUUGGUCUCAUGCAGCUAAACUGA